AGUCGUUGAAAUAUUGAUUGAGACAUAGUGAUAUUCUGGGUUUGGUCCUCCAGCCAUUUUUGUUCAUAUUACAACAACAAUACUUUCGAAGUCUUAAAAAAAUGUUUGGACUUUUGUGUGACAUUCUUGGAAGUUGUACUAGAUUUAGCGACCCUUUAACACCUUGAUUGCUGACCAUUUCUCUAAUCACGCACUAGAAGCCAAAACCAACAACAUUCUUAUUUAAAGCUCAAUCUUUCUAUUUGGUAAAACAGAGAAAGUUCACUUUUUUUAUUUCAAGAAAAAAAAAAAGGAGAGCUUUGGGUUAAUCAGUUGUGAUAAAGAUGAAAUUUGGGAAAGAAUUUACUUCCCAAAUGGUCCAUGAAUGGCAAGAAGCUUAUAUGGAUUAUAAUUAUCUCAAGAAUCUUUUGAAAGAUAUCUUGAAUUUCAAGAAGAAAAAUGCAUCAUUAUCAGAAAUAGCAGCCACCCCAGAAGGUUCAUUAAAGAGAAGAAUAUCUAUGUACAGAGCAUUUAGUGGAUUACAAAGUAGAUACACAAGUUUCAAAGGGAAUAAUAAUAGUAAUAACCAUGAAGAUGAAGUUAUUUUAGUGAACACAGUGCAGCAAGAAGGACCCCAUCAAACUAUGUUUCUUAUGUCAUCUGAACAAGGUGGAGAGUAUGAGAUGGUUUUCUUUAAAAGACUUGAUGAUGAGUUCAACAAGGUGGUAACUUUUUACAAGAAAAAAGUAGGGCAAGUGAAGGAUGAAGCUGAUGAGUUGAGUAAACAAAUGGAUGCACUUAUUGCUCUAAGGAUCAUGGUUGAUAAACCUUCAAUUGAUAUGCAUAGUGCACCAGGGAUGGAUCCAGCAUCAGUGGUUCCUCUUCAUUUGACAAGUCAAUUAAGGUCACAUAUGGAAGUAAUUCAAGAAGUUGAGAUGAGUAGUGAAGAAAUUGUGGAAGAUGAAUCAACAUCAGGGAAAAGAGAUACAACAAAGAUGAAUCCUAUGGGUUUUAGACCUGCUCCAGUAGAGAUUCUGGACAAUGUAAAAAUCAAUAUUGAACCUGCAACACCUAUGUCGACUUUGAAAAAUGUGAUCAAGUCUGCGAAAUCUGACCUAUCAUUCAGCAGACAAGAGCUUAGAAAAGCUGAAGAACAAAUAAGAAUGGCUUUUGUUGAGUUUUACCAAAAGCUUCGACUUUUAAAAAACUACAGUUUCUUAAAUGUGUUGGCAUUUUCUAAGAUCAUGAAGAAGUAUGAUAAGAUCGCCUCAAGGAAAGCUUCUAAAUCAUACUUAGAGAUGAUUGAUAAGUCUUAUCUUGGUAGCUCAGAUGAGGUUGCUAAGCUCAUUGAAAGAGUGGAGGUCACAUUCAUAAAGCACUUUGUCAAUGGAAAUCGAAGAAAAGGAAUGAAGUCUUUAAGACCACAAGCUAAAAGGGACACACAUAGAGUAACAUUUUUCAUGGGUAUGUUCUCUGGCUGCUCAAUAGCAUUAGUGGCAGCUAUUGCUGUAGCAAUACAUGCAGGAAACCUUCUAGAGCAUAAGGAUCGUGGACAGUAUAUGGAUAACAUAUUUCCACUCUACAGCCUAUUCGGAUACAUUGUCCUCCAUAUGCUCAUGUAUGCAGGGAAUGUAUACUACUGGAAGCGUUUUCGGGUCAACUAUCCCUUCAUAUUUGGCUUCAAACAGGGAACAGCGUUAGGUUACAGACAAGUUCUCCUCCUUGCUUCUGGUCUUUCACUACUUGCACUGUCUGCUGCACUCUCCCACCUGGAUAUGGAUAUGGAUCCGAAAACACAAAAAUUUGAGACAUUAACUGAGCUGAUCCCACUUGCCCUGGUGAUUGUUCUGCUUCUUAUAAUUUUUUGUCCUUUGAACAUCAUAUAUCGUUCAAGUCGUUUCUUCCUUUUAAGAACUGCCUGGCACUGUCUAUGCGCUCCCCUCUAUAAGGUUACUCUACCAGAUUUCAUCUUGGCAGAUCAACUUACCAGCCAGGUUCAAGCAAUUAGGAGUUUGCAAUUCUAUGUCUGCUACUAUGUGUGGGGCAACUUCAGAACAAGAUCAAAUGAAUGUCUAAAAAGCAAUGUUUACCAGAUCUUAUACAUAGUCGUUGCAAUUAUUCCCUUUUGGUCUCGGUUUAUUCAGUGCCUUCGCCGCCUAUUUGAAGAGAGAGAUUCGAUGCAGGGGCUUAAUAGCCUCAAAUAUUUCUCAACAAUUGUUGCACUUGUGAUGAGGACACUUUAUUCUCAGAAGGGAGGAACGUUUUGGAGAGUAAUGGCAGCAUCAACUUCAGGAGUUACUACAGUUGCAAACACUUAUUGGGAUCUAGUCAUAGAUUGGGGUCUGUUGCAAAGGAAUUCCAAAAACCCCUGGUUGAGAGACAAACUGCUUGUGCCACACAAGAUUGUCUACUUUGUUGCCAUUGUUCUUGACAUUAUUCUGAGACUAGUAUGGAUGCAAUUGGUUCUUGAUAUUAAACAACUCUCGUUUCUGCACGAGAAAGCAUUCCUUGCAGUGGUUGCCUGUUUGGAAAUCCUUCGUCGAGGCAUAUGGAACUUUUUCAGGUUGGAAAAUGAGCACUUGAAUAACGUUGGGAAAUACCGUGCCUUUAAGUCUGUACCUCUGCCUUUUAACUACGAUGAGGACAAGAGUCAUUAACUGAUACCAGCAAAUCAAAAGACUCAAAAUGAUUUUCUGGUUUAUUGUACAAUUCUUUGAUUGUUUAUAAUAUACUUUUCUUUGUGGGGAAAAUAAAGAGAAGAAGAUAUUUUCCAUUGUUGGGCUUGAA